ACAUACCAUCCAAAUUUGAGACAACCGCUCAGAAAAACUAAGACAAGCUCAAAUAACUUUAGAAAAAAUGCUCAAGAAAAAGAGGAAUUGCCGUUGACCCCAACUGAAGCAGACAACAGGUCUGAGGCGAAGUGAAGCAGGUGUUGGAGACGAGAUUAACAAUCCUCCCCUUUUGGGGGAAGGGGGUCUCGCUAAGGUCGCGUAGCAAAUGAUUUAGUCAACUGGAGUUCAACUUAAUCCCAUUAAAGUCAGUCCCUUUCUCACACCAAAACGAACUAGUAACCCGUUCCAGUCUAGUGAAACUUAACGAAGCCAAACAAACGCGCUCAUAUGUUAUGAAUGAGACUAAAGAAAUCAAAACGCCGUCGUUCAUUCUUCUUCCUCUCCCAAACUACCCUAGCGUCCCUCAUUCAUGCCACACAACGAUUCCCAAGCCAACCGGCAAACAAUUUCCCUCGCCGUCCAUCCCCUCCCCCAACAAUUGUAACAGCGGAUUAACAUCUGCAGAUUGAGAUCGACAACUCCAUAUUCGAAGCUACAGUUGCCAAUCGACCCGACGAGGUCAGAUCUUCGAAGCCACUAACGCAAUUUGGCGCCGGAGAAAAUUGGUAGAGAUGAGCAUGGGAUGCAGGAUUUGAAGCCAAAAAAUGGAGGGGUUAGAAGUAGAUUUGAAGCCCAUAUUCGGGCAGCCCAGGGUGGAGGGGCCAGCUAAUGCUUUGACUCCGCCGCGGCAGUUCCUGUUCCACGUCCAUGGCUCCACCGCUGGUCCUGCGCACCUCAGAAUCCAUGUCACCGAUUUCCACUCCAAUCACUGGGAGGCCGUGCGGUCCGUCUCCCAGCUCGACGACCUGAGGGACAGCAUUGGCAUAGGAGGGUCUUGGUCAGAGUUCAUAGACUAUCUUGUUGCUUCCCUAAAGUCUCAAGACGUAAAGCUUGCUUUCGAUGAUGGUUGUGCACAUGCAAAAUUAAUUGCUCAAAAAUCAAAAGGAAUGCCUCGAAUUUCCAUUUCUCUCACAAAACUUGUGGAUACUGCUGCUAGUGAGGCUAUUGCAAAUCUAUCUCUUCAGCUUUUUGGAGAAUUUAAAAACCUCCAUGAGUCUUACGUGGAAGAACAACAGUGCUCUGUUGAAUUGUCAACAUUGAUAUCAGCGGAAAAGGAAAAAAAUGCUAGUAUUCAGAGCCAACUGGAACAGUAUACAAGAAGGCAAAAGUUACAAAGGAUUAAUUCCUCAGAUAGAGCAGAUGCUUCUGGACUAUUCAGUAAUGGUGUAAAUAAUUCUCCAGAGAAACGAGCGGGUCGUGAUACCAACUCAGCAACUGCCAAUCGGGUUGUGCCUGCAUAUCGUAGGGCAAAAGUAAGAGGUGCUGUUCUGCAGGAUACAGAAGAUGAACACAAGUGAGUGCUCCGGUUAGCUGACAAUUUGUUGAGCGCCGGGUUCUGUAAAAAUGCAUAUUGAGAGUGAGUUUGUUUGUUUGUUUUCUACUUGUAAAUUCAACAGUUGAGAGUUAAAUAGUUUCGAGGAAAGGUUAUGUUUUGUAGCAUUCGGUUUAAUUGAUUUAUUGUUAAGUCAUAACAUCA